GAACGUUCCUGGCUGUGAGAGAAGUACAGUAAAUGUUGGUUCGCAUUCCCUCCCGUCGCCCAUCCCUGACUUUUCUUGCCUUUAUUGGGAAGAAUAUAAGGUGGAGAAACAAACUUCCCACCCUUUUUCCAAAUAUUUACUGAGGAGAGUCAUGAGUCUGGUCGGGGGGUGGGGGGGCUGGGAAUUUUUUGAACUAGUUCUUGAAAAAAAGACUAGUAUGAUAGUACAGCUCUCUUAAUUUUUUAUAUGAGGAAACUGAGGCCGAGAAAUGAAAUCAUGCCUUGAUUUAUUCAGACCUCAGUACCUGUUAGUGACAAAUCCAGGUACUAAAAGGGAAGAGAAGGAAUAAGGGACUUGGUAUUUGUCUAGCAUCAGCAAUGUGUGGACAUCUUGUGAAAGGCUUUAUAAACAUUUCAUUUAAUUCUCUACAUCUAGCCAUGUUUUAACCUGUGCUUUCUCUCCCUUUCCAAGUACUGUUUAUACAUUUAUUAGUCCAUAUUUUAAAAGCUCCAUGCUCUCGCCUGUAUUAAUGCUAUUUGUUAGGAUAAGUAGCAGAUGUCCAUGGAAAAUAAGUGGCUGCAAAGUGGUAAUGCUGACCAGAUGAGAAAAGAAGUGUGAAAGGGGAAUUCUAAAGAAUUACAGCCCUGGAGAGGGUGGGUAGACAGCAACAGUCCAAAAUAGUGCUCUUCAUUGAGGCUGUGUAGACCUUCCUGCUUCCUGGGAAAGCUGAUUGGGGCAUAUUUACACUUGCAUGUGUGUAUUCAGAUUGUCUGGGCUAUGCAGUUUGGGUCAGAUUGCUGAACCCUUGGGAGAGGAGUUCCCUUGUUGUCUGUUCUGAUUGCUGCUUUGUAAUUUGGGCCAUAUAUGAAAGUCAGCAUUCAGUCAUUGAACCAUAGGUGUGUGGCAUAUCUACUUAGGCGCAUUACGCAAUUUUUAUUUCAUUAUAAAAUGUAUAACAUUUACAUUCAAUUGUGGUUUGAGGGCUUAAGAGGAGAAAGAGACAGUGGCACUAAGGUGACUUGCUUCCUGUCCAGGCAGGUCACUGGGCAGUGUUAACUGGGAAGAGCAUCUGGAAGACCAGAGAUCAAUGUAGCCACAUACCCUUAACAAAGGGUGGUACAGCCUGUGGUCUGCCGGGAUUUUUCUUCCCCCGCACCAUGCCUAUCUCCUCUUUGACAUUUCCACCAUAUUCCCCUUAGAGAUAACAAUGGAUGUGGGUAGAGACAGCCGUAUGGAAUGCACACCGCAGUGAUGAACAUGUGGUCCAGCUCUGCCAUCAAGGAGCAAAGCUUCGUGAAGUUUCCCUUGGCCCUUACAGUGUUGGCGUCAUAGACAGGAUACUAAAGCUGCUCUACUUUUCUGGAAGCCACAGUCCAGGGAACCCAGGACCUGUCAAAGCAUCAGAAAGAAUACCUGCAACUGGGAAAUUUCUAAAGGAAAGGAGUUUACUUCUUACAGUGGAGGCUGAGAAGUCCAAGGUCAAGGGUCAGCACCUGCAGCUGGAUCCAUGGGCUUGGCAGCCACAGUGAUCAUGAACUUCCGGCUAUGUCCUAGAGUCAUUUCUCUCUGAGGAUGUCAGGAGGAACCCCAAAAUGUCAUCAAGACACUGGCUGCAGGUCUAAACUCCAAUAAAAUCCAGGUGGGUUACAUCAAUUCAGACAUCUGGAUAAAAGGAUGAAUGAAACCAUGUACAUAA